UGUCGUUUGCCGGAAGUGACGAAAGCAGAGGACCGAUGGCGGCUCACAGUUAGCUCCCGGAUAUGUUCUGCAACAAAUUUGAUGGGGCCUGAUUGGACAUUUUGCACACUUGGUCAUUUGUCUGAAGUGUUGCGAUUAACAUCGAAGCCGUCGAGCACAAUAGUCGUGAAUGCAAACAGGAAAAAUCUGUUGUAGAAUCGUGUUAUCCAGGGCUAGCUGGCUUGCCAAUGAUACUCAAGUCCAGUUAGCCUUUGAUCGCAAAGGUUUGUUUGUAUGCGUGUCUGCACACUUUAGGACCGCGAAAAACCCCGCCAACGUCGUUAGAAAGUCUGGCGAUUUUGUGACAGUAGCUGGAAAGUGCAUCCGAAUUAACGAUAGCUAACGUUAGGUGCUUUGGUUUGGCUAACACCGCUCGAGUUACUUCAGAAAGCAGAGGGAAGUGGUUAGCCGAUCUAAAUAGCUGUAUCCGUAGUUCAAGUUCAAGCUGUUUUGAAGUCAUUGGUCGCUAGUGGAUGCUUUGAGUCUUUUCUAUGAGUCACCGUUGCCCUCCACUUUCAACAUGUUGAAAACGCGUCAAUGUUUACUCGGGAUUCGCAACUUCCUUGGAGUGACAUCUAGGAUAUGGAGUUUCUUUUUAUAUAUACUCAGAAAGCAUCUACGAACGAUAAUCCAGUACCAAACAGUGCGUUAUGACACAUUACCUCUUUCUCCUGUUUCCAGAAACAGACUCAAUUCAGUGAAGAGAAAAAUCUUAGUCCUGGAUCUGGAUGAGACUUUGAUUCACUCUCACCAUGAUGGUGUCCUUAGACCUACAGUGAGGCCUGGAACACCACCAGACUUUAUCCUGAAGGUGGUAAUUGACAAACACCCGGUCAGGUUUUUUGUCCAUAAAAGGCCACACGUCGAUUUCUUUUUAGAAGUGGUUAGCCAAUGGUAUGAGUUGGUGGUGUUUACAGCUAGUAUGGAGAUUUAUGGAUCAGCUGUAGCAGAUAAGCUUGAUAACAACAGGGGGGUCCUAAAAAGAAGAUACUACAGACAGCAUUGCACUUUGGAUCUAGGGAGCUACAUAAAAGAUCUUUCUGUAGUACACAAUGAUCUCUCCAGUAUAGUUAUUCUAGACAACUCGCCAGGAGCUUAUCGAGGUCAUCCAGACAAUGCAAUUCCCAUAAAGUCGUGGUUCAGUGACCCAAGCGACACUGCUCUUCUUAACCUGCUCCCAAUGUUGGAUGCAUUGAGGUUUACCUCAGAUGUUCGCUCCGUCCUCAGUCGAAAUCUCCACCAGCACCGGCUCUGGUGAUCAUAUCUGCGGCUGGUCUUAUCUGGCCUCUGUUUUUACAUGGCUCUACUCGCUCGGUGUUAGCAUCUCCUUUGCUGGAACUGUCAGCUUCUCAUCAUUACAAUGAUUCAUAUGGACUCCUCUAAGGAAAGACAUGGGAGGACAUAAAGGAUAUAAUGUGGAGAUAAUGGAGAAGCUAUUACAAAUAAACUCAGAUCAAAUGGAGAGUCCAGCAUUUUUUCUUGUAUUGUUUUUCCCUUAAAAAAUGGAAUUUCUGCUUUACAGUUGUUGGAUUCAACGCAUGCAUGUUUUUCUGUGGGAAUGGAGGAGGAUGCUUGUGAUUUCCAUUUUUACCUUACUUUUUAAAGUUAGGAUUUGGUGAACAAGAUAUAACUUCCAGUCCUUUUCCACACUUCGUUAGCACUUACUUCCCCUUUCUUCAAUAUAUCAUGUUUUUCGUUUAGUAUGACCCAAGCUGAAGUGGUCUAUUAACUUUCUCGUCCACUCAUUCUCUCAUAUUCUUCCCUUUUUCUGUCUGCCAUCUCAGGAAUCUGAGCUGUUACUAACAGUAUUCUGUGGUGGAAAUGAUCUUUAAGAACAGCAGGAGGGAAAACAACAGUUCAUUAUUACCAUUAUUACAGCUUAUGGUAUUUUUUGUCUUUUUUUUUUUAACUGGCUCAUACAGUAUGUGGAACCUUGGAUGAAUAAGAUAGGUUAUAUCAUCUGUUUCAAAGACACUUUUUAGAAUUUCUUCAAUAUGGAUACAGCAGGCGUUGACUGAGAGACACUGAACCACAAAGACUGUUAUAACUAAAAAAAUAAAAUGGAGCCUUUUGUCAACAACUGAAUUUACAGUGUCUUCAACUUUUUUGAGCAUUUUGCAUUUUAGGAUGACGUGUCACAACAUGCACAAUGUUCAAACUCAUAACAAUUUCUCAUUCUAUUGAAUUGCAUAUCCUGCAUUUUAUUGUGUUCUCUGUGAUGUUUUUUUUUUCAAAGCACUGAAACUUAAUCUUGAACGUGUGAAUGUUUUAGAUUUUCUGUUUACAGCGAUAAGAGGAACUAUUUAACACUGUUGGUGUUUUAAAACCAGAUUUCAUUCAGACUGUAAUAAGUUCUCCUGCAUGAUAUUCCUAUAUUUUGCACAAUCCCUUAUUUACACAAUCCAGUUUUAUUAUAAAACCGACUUCCUACUGAUGAAAAGCAGACCUUAACGGAAUAGUUAACCUUGUAAAUGACAAUUCUGUUAUUAUUUACAUGCCCUCUUUUCAUUUAAAAUCUGUGUGACUUUCUUUGCUGCAGAACACAAAAGAAGUUAUUUGAAGAAUGUUGUUUACAGAAAAUUGUUGUUCCCCAUUGGUUUUGUGUCCACACCAUACCA